CCGUCCAGUUGACCGUGUAAUGGACGUGACACCUCAAAAAUCGUUUCAGUCCAAAAUAUUACUUACAACCUGCAAUCUGCUACAUGACAAUCAUAAAAAAUACUAAUUUUUUCAAAUGACUUAACAAUAUAAAGGAAAAAAUUAUAGAUUACACAGGAAAGGUACACACUGGCUUCAUACAAACAAGGUUUUUUAAUCACUGGAGACGUUGUUGUGUGGACAAGGUGUAAUUUACAGCGUGACAAGCUUGACGUGUGGAGCAGGCGGGCGGCGGGUCACUGUGAGUCCUGCACUCGUAUAUAUUGAGGACAGCUCGCCGUCCGACCAUUCCCACUGUAAUGGAAGCCCGCGCGGUCGUCCGGUGCGCCCUGGUGGGGCUGCUGAUGGCGCUGAGCGUCACCUGCAUGGACGAGGACAUGGCGGAGCUCAUCAAGAUGGUGCACGACAACUGCGGCGAAGAGACAGGCGUCGAUUUCGGCUUGGUGGACAAGGUGAACGCCGGUGAAGAUCUGAUGCCCGACGCUAAGCUCAAGUGCUACAUCAAAUGCAUCAUGGAGACUGGCGGAAUGUUAAGCGACGGUGAGGUAGACAUCGAGGCAGUGAUGGCCUUGCUGCCAGAAGAACUCAGCAAGAAGAAUGAAGCAAAACUGAGGGAGUGUGGCACUCAAAAAGGCGCUGAUGACUGUGACACCGCAUUCCUCACACAAGUAUGUUGGCAAAAGGCUGCCAGAGGAGACUACUUCCUUGUGUGAAGCAAAGUUUCCUUCAGAGCAAAAAAUCCUUUUAUAUUAUUUUUUUCAGUCAGUUUUUGUACAUCUUCUUAACAUU